UGUUGCUGUAGAGGACGCCUGAUGAUGCUGAAUCGACGGGGCGUCACAUGCAGCGCCGCGGCGUGCUGCGCGCUUCUGCUCUUCCUCGCAGCCGUUUUCCGGCCGCCUCCUCCUCGCGAGCGGACCUGGCAGCCGCGGGACGGAGCCAUCGUCUCCAUUCGGUCUGUGGAGACAGGCACCCAUCUCACAGUGAGCAUGGACGACGGCAAUCUAUACGCGCCGCCGCGAGGUGCACCGCAUAAUGCCAGCGCCCAAUUUCGCGUGAUGGUGCUCGAAAGUUCGCUCGUGGAGGUCCUGCGGGACGCUGCCCGCAGCACGAACUUGGCUGCCUGGGCCCGACACAAGGCGAAGACUGUCUCUGGGUGCGUGUGCUCGGGCUUCGCCAACGACUACGGGUUCGGUGCGUGGUGCGCCUCAUGGGAGGACGCGUACCAACAGCCUUGGUGCUAUGUGUCGGACGGAUGCAAGGUAGCGGACGAGUCGAGCCGCGGCUCGUUUGGGAGGAAGUACGACGUCUGCCCGGCGGGCGAGGCCGACUCGGCGGCGGGCGAGUUCGGGGCGGACGGCGAGGGAACGGAUCCCCUGACGGGGGAUCCGUUCGAGGAUAGGGUGAUGGAGGAGGCGGCCUCAGAGAGCGAGUGGCAGGGUGGUGGAGAGGGCGGCGGCGCGGGUGAUGGUGGCGGAGAGGGAGAGGGCGAAGGCGAAGGCGAGGGCGAGGCUGAGGGUGAGGGCGAGGGCGCAGGGGGGGCGUUCGACGAGCCGCUGCAAGGCAACUCGCACGGCUUUGGCGGCUCGUGCGGGGCGUGGGAGUUGGAGAAGCAGACCCCCUGGUGCUACGUCCACCCGGCCUGCCCGACGCUCGCUCCGCGUAGCCCUAAGCCCAGCCCCGCCCCGACAGACGGCAACCGGCUCUCGAGCUUCGCGGUCGAGGCGCAGGUGUACGCCUCGCGCACGGCUUGGGUGGCGCUGCGCUGCGUCGAGACGGGAACCUUUCUUGCAGUGGAGCCGCCGCCCCACGAGCGGCCGCUAGUCGCGCACGGCCGUGCGGACGGCUUGUCGCUCUCCACCGUCUUUGGCGUCGUGCCCGGGGGCUUGCUCUGGGCGCGCGGCACCGACUCGCUGCUCAACGUCUGCGCCGACGGUCAGGUGUGCUCCGGCUACCGCGAGCGCGACGCAGACCCACACUUGCGCCGCCUUGUCCGGCCCACGCCAGGCUCCAGCUUUGUGAUGGAGUCGGUGGGCUCUGAUGCGAGUGGCCCGCGCCGCAAGUAG